GUAGUAUCUACUGAUGCAGAAUUUUCAGAUUUUACGCUACACGUCCUUGUCAUUUUUGAUUUCAGAAGAACUCGAUAUUGACAUGGACGAAAUUGAAAAAGAAAAAAUAGCGGCUCUGCCGUCACAGUUGCUCGUAACUACAAUAUGCCAUCCUAUGGAAUAUGCGAAAGUACUCAUACAACUGGGGUACGAGCCCUUACCGCCACGCCGGUCUACGACACUGUUUGGACGCCCUGCCAUGAUAUUACCUAACGUUUUCCAAUACAUCAAGUUUAUCAAAACAUCGGAUGGAUUUUUCGGCUGCUACAGAGGCCUAUCGGCGAGAGUACUCGGGCUGAUAGCUUCCAGUCAGCUGACAUCUAAGGUAAUCUACGCGAUGGGUAUUGAUUUGCCAGAAAUCAAUGACCCUCCCAAUAUUGUCACUGAUGAGGAACCCAAGGUUGAAGAUUACAUCAGGCUGGGCCGUCGGGACAUGAUAAUGCACACGGCUUCUGUCAUCGUGUCCUAUCCAUUCCAUGUUGUGUCUGUCAGAAUGAUGGCCUCAUUUAUUGGCAAAGAGCAAGAUUAUAGCACAUUGUUUGGUGCAAUUGUAUCUAUCUACAGAGAUGAUGGCAUCCGUGGGUUCUUUCACGGUAUCAUACCUAAACUUCUUGGUGAUUUAACUUGUGUUGCAGUGACAGGAGUUUUGGCUUACUAUGUGAACAAAUACCUGGUCAAAACUAAAGAUCUGCGAUACUACACAGUACCACUGUUGACUUUUGUGACUAGCACUAUCACUUAUCCGCUGGUUGUGGUGUCCACCUGCAUGGCUGUGGCUGGCUGCAGCCUGUCUGCUGGCAACCCACCCAAUAUGCCCAAGUACCCGUCUUGGCAAGCCUGCUGGAGGGACUUGCUGAGAAACAAGCAGCACAAGCGUGGAUCGUCCCUAAUCUUUAGGUACUACAUUGCCCCCAUCGCAGCCAUGCAGUAGUCACUCUAUCCUAAAUGUAUUUGCAUUUAUUUUUAUUAGCUAAGUGUUAUUCCAUGAUCACCAAAGUAGUCUCAACCUCGUAGUAGAGAAUAAAGGAUAUGUACAAUGAAACUAUGUAAAUAAUUUAGUAUAAAUGGUGUACCAUGCGGAUAUUCGUUUUGCUAGAUUGUUGAGUCAAGGUGUGGUUAUUAUUAAAUAAAUAUAUUUUAUUUGACAGAUGCUUUGUUAUUUUAUAACAAUUUAUUAUUAUUUUUACUACAAUAUUUGACAUUACUUGCAAUAUUUUGAAUUUUCAAGGUUAAGAUAAGGCAUAUUAAUAUCAGUUUUCUUUGAAUGUAUCUGUUGAGAUAACUUAUCGUAAUAAAACUCAUGGUUCUGAAAACAACAUUUAUUUUAUUUUAGCUAAUGUCUGUGCUCUUAUAAAUUGGUCGACAUGUUCCUUUUUCAAUGUGCCCACAGCUCUUCUGUAGAUGGCAGGAGUGGCUUGAGGAUUGUGCUCUGUUUCAAACUCCAUGUACUUGGUCCAGAUGUCUACAUUAUCAGUGCCAUGAUGUUGCACAGCACAUUCAUAACACUUCCUAAUGUUCUUAGGGUUUGGUUUCUCCUGAGACGUCUCAAUGUCUAUCAUAUUCGUGUGCACCUCAAUCUGGGUGGGUGGAGUUCUAAUGAGAUCUUCAUACAAGUCUCUUGCAGCUCUUAAUCCAUUCUUUUCAUACAUUUUCUGCAAGAGUUUAGGUUUGAUUGCUAGCAAUACAGCAUUCUCACAGCUCUGGAACUUUUUGUACAGAUUCUUUAGC